UUUGAAAUGAUUGAAAAAAUGCAGAGAAGUCGUUUGGAUGAGCAAAGAUGUUCACUUCCAGCCACACUCAAGAGAGAAGAGGAAUACAUCCCAUACCCCAGCAUCCAUGAGGUAUUACAGAGGGGCUGGCCAUACCCUCUAAUCAUCUUACCACAGUUUGGAGGUUACUGGAUUGAAGGGACCUCUCACAGCCUUCCUGUAUCAGGCCCUGAAUUGCAAGAUUUGCCUUCUCCUUGCAGUGGCAAAGUGAGGUUGGAGUGCGAUCCAACAGCAAAGCUGUACCGCAAACACUUCCUGGGAAAGGAGCAUCAGAAUUUUUAUGCCAAUGAUUCAGCUUUGGGCUACUUGGUUCUUUCUGUGAAGUAUGAACAGGUUGAAGGGCAAGACAAUCUUCAUCUGUUGCUGAGAGCUCGAACGUCUACCAAGCAUGAUCUCAUCCCCAUCUCCUGCCUGACAGAGUUUCCUAAUGCUGUCCAAAUGGCCAAGCUGCUCUGUGAAGAUGUGAAUGUUGACCGCUUCUUCCCUGUGCUGUAUCCUAAGGCUUCCCAACUCAUUGUUGCAUUUGAUGAACAUGUCAUCAGCAAUAACUUCAAGUUUGGUGUCAUCUACCAAAAAUUUGGGCAGACCACAGAGGAAGAAGUCUUCAGUAAUACAGAAGAGAGUUUAGGCUUCUUAGAGUUUUUAGAUCUCCUAGGCGAUAGGAUCCAGCUGCAGGAUUUUCGUGGAUUCCGAGGUGGACUGGAUGUUACAAGAGGUCAGACAGGAACAGAAUCCAUCUACACAAAUUUCCGGGGCAAAGAGCUCAUGUUCCAUGUCUCUACAAUGUUGCCUUUCACAGAGGGAGAUGCCCAGCAGCUCCAACGCAAGCGCCACAUUGGGAACGAUAUUGUGGCCAUUGUCUUCCAAGACGAAAAUACUCCUUUUGUGCCCGAUAUGAUCGCAUCAAAUUUUCUACAUGCCUAUAUGGUGGUGCAACUCCACCACAAUGCCAGUGGAGAGACACUGUACAAGGUUUCUGUGACUGCCCGUGAUGAUGUUCCCUUUUUUGGACCCCCUCUUCCAAAUCCAGCAGUAUUCAAAAAGGGCACAGAGUUCCGUGAAUUUCUUCUGGCAAAGCUUAUCAAUGCAGAGUAUAGCUGUUACCACGCUGAGAAAUUUGCCAAGUUGGAAGAUCGCACCCGCAGUGCACUUUUGGAGAGCCUUUUUGAAGAACUGCAGAUUCGUAGCCGCAGUAUGAUGGGCCUGGCCUCAGGAGAUGAGGACAAAAUAGAGAAUGGGGGUGGUGGCUUCUUUGAGAAUUUCAAGCGGGUGAUCCGAGGCCGUAGCCAGAGCCUGGACACUAUGGGGAUAGCCAUGAAGAAGCAGCAGCAGCCCCCAGCAACUCUACCCAGCCGCCCAGCUACUGCAGGCCUUGCCCUCAACCAAAGUGUCGCCGAGGGUCCCAAGGCUAUUGCUGCGUCCUUUGCCCUGCCUGGGAGAAGCCCAUCACGCAACCGAGGCAGCCGCUUCAAUGGGAGACGUAGUAGUGCCAUUGGCAUUGAGAACAUCCAAGAGGAGAAGAGCAAAGAUGUGGCUGAAAGGAUACAGAAGGUAUUGGAGAGUCCUGGGCCUUUCUUUGAUCUCAAGUCAGAUGGUUCCUCCAGUCCGAGUUCACCAGAAUUCCCUAACAGGAAGAGCAAAGGUCUCUCCAAUCAGACAUCAGGAUAUUGUGUGAUGCAGCCCCUGUCCCGUUCUUCAUCUAAUGUGAGCAGCUGUUGUAGUGGAGUCAGAGAGAAUGAAACAUCAGAGGAGGAGGAGAAUGAAGCGGAGUUAAUGUGUUCUCUUGAAGGUCCCCAGAAGCAGGAUUCCCUGGUUCAGAAUGCAUGGUUAGAUGACAGUGUCUGUACACCCAGUAGUACCAGCUCACCAGUAACUCAGCUGCUACCUUCUAGCAAUGCUGCAGGCUCCAUGGAAAAGGGGAAAAGCAGUAAAGUGGAUGCUCAACGUUACAGCCCAGCCUCCAUUUUAUGCUGUGUGUGAUGCCAUCGCUGGAGGGGUAUCUCAGUGCAUGCUGGGUAAUUCACAGGUAAUCUGCUUCCUAGGGGGUCUCAAUACCCUAGGACACAGGGGGAUAAGGGCACGUAGGGAAAAAGUGACAGGAGAAUUGGUUAUCUUUGCUAUGCUCUAUAUAUCCCACCUCUUUGAAAAACAGUCAAAUGCUGUUAAAAGUAAAGCCUGUUGGUUUUUUUAUAUUUUUUUUAGUCCUAUAAUAUCUUCCAAUUCUCCAUUUUCUCAGACUAACAAUUUGGAACAUUUUUUUGAAGUAGCCACUCAGUCCUUGCUCAACAUGGUUUGUCAGCCCACAUCCAUGUAUCUUAUCAAGGCUAACUUCAUAACUUGGCUAACUCCUUAAUACUGCAUCCUCGAUUCCCACAGUGCCCUUUUCCAGCCCAUCUCCUCUCAUUGCUGUGACUUAUUAUUUGCUGAAUCAUCACUUAGCUCACUAGCUAGUUUUGUCUGUUUCUGUCUAUUGCUGCUUUUUCACUGUCAUUGGGAGGUGUGCAUCCUUUGUGGAUUACAUCAAAUGGUUAAGAGUGGGAGAGAGGAGAAAGUUCCCAAGGGGGAGGGGAUUUUUUAAAAAUGCAAAUAUUGCAUGUAGCUUCUUCCUUAGUCUUGAUAAUGUCUUUUAACACAUUUCUCUGUUGGAACAUUACUUCUCCCCUGAGCAUUGUAGAAAGACAAGGCUUUAUUGCUCCACGAGUACUGAAUGGCUAUCAAGUCAAGAUAUUCUGACAACUUUAUAAAGAUGUUACCACAAUUAACAGGAAACCCUCUGAAUCCACCUCUGGUUGAUUACUGCCUUCUGCCUACUUAUUCCCUACAGCAUUAUCCUUAUCAAAUACAAGGUUAUAGCUUCUUGUACCUUCCCUAGCCUUGCUCUGUGGAAUAUUGUUGUCUUCUACAACAGAAUAAGUAGUCUGAUGAAGUUUUUGAGCAAUCUACAUAGCUGUUUCCUUGUAUUUCCUGUAAGAUUGAUUACGGCAAAAGUUUGUUACCAAGCCCAUGGAACUUCUUGGCUUACCAGAUUUUAAAUCAGAUUUCUCCUGUUACAUAGUAAUUUGAACAUUAUGGUUAUCCCUUUACAGACCAAAGGUGGGUUGCUGCCGGUUCAGCUGAACCGGUAGUAGCAGCGGCGGGAGGCUCCACCCACCCACCCGGAUGCUUCUGUGCAUGCGAACCCGAACCAGUAGUAAAAAAAAUAGCAACCCACCUCUGUUACAGACUACUUCAACUUGGUCAAUUACUGGACUGUUUUCCAGGACUGUUACUUUCCAAAGCUGCAAAUAUUAAAUUGGCCACCUUAUAGGAAGCUUUACUCAUCCAAUUGUGCACCUAUUCACAAAGGGUCAUUCUUUAUGAAGUUGCUGAAAAUGAUGUUUUGGCUUCCUAUCUGCUAUGAUGAAUGAUACAAGGCUUUAUGUUUAUUCAUGGCGGAGAUUGUCUCUCUUCAUUAAGCUUAUCCAUCUCAGCUGAAGUAUAGGAGGAAAAUUCAGUGAUUGCAUCUGUCCAUUAGUUGAUUCUUGGAGUUAUCUUCAUCUUUUCUCUGUAUGUAGGAUCUGCUGCUGAAGUGAGAACUCACAGCAGUUCACUUUGGAAUUCAGAGGAAACAAUGGUGGAUUCCCAGAAACGCCUCACCUGGCCCUUCUGCUUCAUUGACAGCUGCACCACAGGCAGUCAGGAAUCAGAGUCCAAAUGUGGCAUUUUACUCAUCCAUAUGUAUCAUUCCAAUUCAGCAACCUCAGGAGAGCGGAACCAAUCUAAAUCUUUAAAAAUAAGAGGGAGGGCUCUCCCAUCUGCCAUAGCUUUAGAAGCAAACAAAAGAGGAGUGCUUUUUUCUCUGUUAUUACAGCUAAAAUUUAGAUAUUCAAGAUCCCACUUGGAAGGAUUUGGGUGUCCUACAGGGCCCUUUCAAGAAGGCUGUAUUUGUGUUCAUUCUUCAGCAUGAAGGCCUCAAAAGAGGAAUAUAUCUUAGUGCUCCCAGGAUUAUACCUGGUUCAUAAGCAAAACAUCAGAACUGCAUUAUGCAGUAUAGGCAGGACACAUAGUGCCAAAGAGCAUGUGUGUGUGUAUGAGACAAAGAGCAUUUGUUUCAUUAUUCAUCAGAUUCCUCAGAUCUGUUAAAUAUUUCACUGUACCACUGCCACCCUCUUCCCUGAGUCUUUGUGCCAUCAAGAACCAAAACCUGUAAAUGUGAAUCUAUGACUCCUUGUCCAAUGCUUGUUAUGUCUGUGAUGUGUCUUGGGCUUGCAAUAAAAGACUACUGUGACCAAUUCAUUCUUGUGUGUGUGGUAUUUUUUUGUUUAAAGCUGACAAACAUCUAAGGUUUUAUUCAAAGAGGGAGACCUGGAAUCAUAAUGAUCUGUAGCUUAGUUAACACUUUAACGUUUCACCUAAAAUGUUUAAUUAUGGGAGUUCAUAAGCCCUAGUAGAAAUAUAUUCCACCAAAUAAUGCUUUGAUAAAAACUCUCAAAUACAAUAGCAGUGUGGUUUGCAUUCUUACAACCUGUAAGAAUCAUUCUCAAUAUCUGUAUCACAACAUAACAUCUCUCCUAUCCCCUGCUCUUAACAAUUGUUGUAUAUUUAAGAAUGUUAGAAGCUAUUUUAAUAUCACUAUUGUAUUUAUAGUCCUGGAGCUCGUUUUACAUGUUCAUAAAAAAAAAACCUCCAAACGUAAGUUAACUGUUCAGAAAUUAGAACAGACCUGUGGCAGAUUACCAACUGACAUUACAUUAAAAGCAUUUGCCACCAAUUUCAUAUCUUCUGUCUAUGUAAAUUAGGGUUAAGUUAUGAAAGGGUCAAUGUAUCCAAGCCCUAUACAGACCAUGGUUGGUAACCUGCAUACCAUAAGAUACCUUUGACAUCUUGUCUACUUUAUUUUGCAAAUCUUAAUUUUUCCAUUUGGAUGUUUUAGGGGCAAAAUGGCUUGAGAUACUCAUUCUACACUUUUAACUUUCCUUAACCCCCCUCCAAAAUAAGAAACAUUUUGAUCUUAGUUACUCUAGUGACAUAAUGACAUCACUAAGCAUGUUUCUUGUGGGCCCCCAGGCACAAAAAAGCAAAUCCUUGACAACAAAUUACAUAAAUUGCUUCAAUUUGCCUUGUUUCCUGGAGGGACACCUGGUAAAUAUUAGUGGAAAUGGCUCAUUUCCAUCUCCUUUUCUCAUGUAGUUACAAUAAUUAUUCUUUACUGCUCCAUUACUGUGUAUGUAUGGCAAAAAGCAGUGAAGCAUGAACAGAGACAUUUAGAGCAAUGUGAUCAAUGGGCGGACUUUUACAAGAUAGGAAAGGGGCUUAUGUAUAGUUCUUGCUUAGAGAUCACAAUUGGGAUCCACAAUCUGAAAGGAAAAAAUGAUGAGAAACUACCUUAAACUAUAAUAAUAAUGCAGUAUAUGCAAAAAUAACACCACCCAGCUUAAAAUGCCUGAGAAAACACAGUUACUUAAAUAGACCUUGAAGUUAAAGCAACCACAAAAAGCUAGAAGAAUGUUUUAUUAUUUUAGUGGUUUUUUGCCUGCUUUAUUUUAUGCAAUUGUCUCAAUUUGUUCAGACAUUUUAACAAAUCCCUUUCACGCCACUCUUCACCAACUUUAAUAUUUCAAGUAUUUUACAAAUCAUGUUCAAAUUCAAACAAAUCAUAUUUAGUUCUUCCCAAGAAAGUGUUUCUUAAACUGUCUUUGAUAAAUGAGCUGUACACUCUGCUGUUUAAACACACAAGGACCCUUACAGACCUAAAGGCUUACAUGCUGCCUCUCUGCUUUCAUGGCUUAGCAGUUUGCAUAGAGAGCUUUGUAAGAUAUAAAAUAAAGGAGUCCCUGUGGGUUUUACUCUGCUAUAGUAGCUAACUUUAGGGGGUAGCACUCAUCUCCGUUUCUAGACCACUGAGCCAAUACUGUCCAAAGAUGUUUCCAUGGUCAUGACAUCACGCAGCACAGAGCAUGCGGAAAACAAGGGGUGCUGUUACCUUUCCACUGAAGUGGUACCUAUUUAUCGACUUGCAUUUACAUGCUUUCAAACUGCUAGAUUGGCAGGAACUGAGGUAAGUGAUGGGAGCUCACUGGGGGGCGGUAUCAAACUGUUGGAGUAUAGACCUUCUCCAGAGUCUUUUAGGCCACUGAGCCACCACACCUGUUUUAUAUGAUAUAGGAGUCCUGCAAUUUGAGACCAGAAAAAAAAGCUAAGGCAGCCUUUCUUUAGCAGUCAAUACAGGUAAUAUAAUUACCAGGGGCAGGAGGAUGUUACACACAAAGUAUCUCAUCCUGUGCUAUUCUGGUAAAGCAUUCCAACACUUUUGGAAUGGGCCCCAAUUGCCCCAAAACAACUCAAUGUACAAUUCAUCUGCACCUUUGAAGAUCUCUUAACUUUAGAGAAAUAAUAAACAAGAGUUUGCAUUGUAUUUUAAAGGCUGAAUUUCAUGUUAAUCCUACUUAGCUUGUAUGUGAUACAGAAUUCCGACCAAUUUGAUUACUUUAUUAUUAUUCAGUGGCCAAUUGAAACAUGUUUACAAGCUAAAGGUUUACAAUAUCUAAGAGGAUCCUAGCCAAUAUUCCUAGCUCUGACAAUAUAAGAUUCAAACUGAAUGUUUAAUUUGGAGAAAAAAGCACUCUUUAAAACAUUCCUAUCAGUCAAAAAAAGAAGACAAUAGCUAUUGCAAGAAAAUCUGAGCAAAGAAAGCAGUGUGUAUAUAAGGCACAAAAAUCUUAGCAACCUUUUCUUUUUCUGGAACAUCUUAAUUUAAAAUUCUCCUGUAUUCAAAGAUUGUUCUCAAUUGUAUUUGAAUCAGAAAACCUCUUAACUUCCUUGAAUGGUGCAGUGAGCCAAGAUGUUUUCAUAAACCCUCCUCAUGAGUAAGUGAGAAUUCAUUCAACGCAUCCCUCAUCUCUUGCCCCUUUCCUCAAACUUUGCCUUUGCACAGAAAUGCAAAUUUGCAAAUUAUAAAUUUCUGCCUUUCAACCAAUAGAUGCCCCCAGCUAUGCACUCAAGUCACAUACCACAUGCAGUGAUUUUUAUAACUGGUUUAAUAUACCUUAUUUUUAG